AUGCCCAAAUUCAAAUUCUCCUCUCUGUACAAUCGCUUCUACUCCUCUUCAACCUCUGACAUUGUAUCUAACUACCUAAACUGCCGUAUAAAUUCUUUCCUGUCCAGCCAAUUCUUGGACCUAAAAUCCCUUCUCAAAUUCCACUCCUACAUUAUCACAACUGGUCAAAGAAACAAUCUUUUCAUAGCCUCAAAGCUCAUGUCAAUCUAUGCUGCACUCAAUCACCUCGAGUCCUGCACCAAAAUCUUUAGUUCCACAAAGUGUAAAGACCCUUUUCUUUGGAACUCAAUUAUCAAAGCCCAUUUCUCCAAUGGCAAUUACUUACCAGCCCUUGAAUUUUUCCACAAAAUGCGAUUUUCUGGCUUUUCCCCUGAUCAAUUUAGUAUCCCUAUGGUAGUUUCAGCAUGUGCUGAACUUGGUUUGGUUCAGAAUGGGUUGAAAACUCAUGCGUUGGUAUCAAAAUUGAAUCUUUUUAAUGGAAAUUCUGCAGUUGGAUCAUCUUUUAUAUACAUGUAUGCCAAAUGUGGUUACAUGGAUGAUGCCUCUCUUGUGUUUGAUGAAAUGCUGAAUAAGGAUGUUGUAGCCUGGACUGCACUUGUGGUUGGGUAUGUACAGAAUGGGGAAAGUGUGAAGGGGUUGGAGUGUGUCUGUGACAUGCUUAAGAUUGGUGGGGAUGAUGAGAGGCCAAAUUUUCGGACACUGGAAGGUGGGUUCCAAGCUUGUGGGAAUCUGAGUGCUUUGGUAGAGGGUAGGUGCUUGCAUGGAUUAUCAGUAAAAUUGGGAACUGACUGUUCUCAUGCCGUUCAGUCGUCAUUUUUGUCAAUGUAUUGCAAGUGCGGGUCUCUUGAGGAAGCACACCGUGCAUUUUCUGAAAUCGUCAAUCUGGAUCUCCUAUCAUGGACAUUGAUGAUUGGUGUCUAUGCAAAAAUGGAAAGUCUGGAUGUAUGUCUACAUAUGUUUUUGGAAAUGCUGGCUUCUGGGAUUUAUCCUGAUGGUAUUCUGAUCAGUUGCGUGCUUUUGGCUUUCAGUAGUUCCAUGAGGAUAUCUCAAGGAAAGGCUUUUCAUGGUUUUAUUUUAAGGAGAAAUUAUGAUACAGGUCAGGUUGUCUAUUACGGGUUGCUAUCAAUGUAUUGUAAGUUUGGACUUUCGCACCUGGCAGAAAAGUUGCUUGAGAGGGUGCAUGGAAGGGAUACCGAGUCAUGGAACCUUAUUGUGGCUGGCUUUUGCAAAUCAAGACUAGAAUCUAAGUGCAUUGAAAUGUUCAGAAAAAUGCAACAUCUGGAAAUUGAAUAUAAUUUGAACUGCUUGAUGUCUGUGAUUUCUUCCUGCUCUCGCCUGGAGGCAACCCUUUUAGGCAGGUCAGUGCACUGCCAUGCGAUAAAAAGUUUAGCAUGUGAGAGUGUUUCUGUUGCGAAUUCACUCAUAGACAUGUAUGGUAAAAGUGGGAAUUUGAAUUCUGCAAGGAGAAUAUUUUCUAGGACACAGAAAGAUACUGUCACGUGGAAUGUGUUAAUUUCAUCUUAUGCUCAUAAUGGAUAUUCUUCUGAGGCUUUAGCCCUCUUUAAUCAAAUGGUUUUGGAAGGAACCAAACCUAACACAGCUACACUGGUAACUUUGCUCUCUGCUUGUUCCCAGCUUGCAUCUUUGGAAAAAGGAGAGCAGAUUCAUAAUUACAUUAAGGAAGUAGGGUUUGAAUCUAGUUUGUCACUUGAUACUGCACUUGUAGAUAUGUAUGCAAAAUGUGGGCAGCUUAUCAAAUCCAGAGAAGUAUUUGACUUGAUGAAUACGAAAGAUGUUAUUUCCUAUAACGUGAUGAUCUCAGGAUAUGGGGUGCAUGGAGAUGUAAAAUCAGCAAUUGAGAUUUUUGAACAAAUGGAGCAAUCAAAUAAUAGGCCAAAUGAACUUACCUUUCUUGCUAUUAUUUCAGCAUGUACUCAUGCAGGAUUGGUCGAAGAAGGAAAAUAUCUUUUUAAUAGAAUGAAAGAGUAUUCUCUAAGACCGACACUGAAGCACUAUGCCUGCCUGGUGGAUCUUCUUGGUCGUGCAGGUAGUCUGCUUGAAGCUGAAGAAGUAAUAUUGUCAAUGCCUAUUCCUCCUGAUGCGGGAAUGUGGGGUGCUUUAUUAAGUGCUUGCAAAUCUCAUAAUGAUACUGAAAUGGGUAUAAGGAUUGCAAAGCAUGCUAUUGAAUCUGACCCGGACAAUGAUGGUUAUUACGUGAUAAUCUCCGACCUCUAUAGUUCUAUAGGGUUGUGGGAAAAGGUAGAAAGGGUGAGAGAUACUAUGAAGGAAAGACAAGUGAGAAAGAGAGUUGGUUGGAGUGCAUUAUAACUUAUUGGAAGGAAUAAAGAGUUGGAGGGAGAUCCUUGGGUUCCAGUUAUUCUGUGUAAAAUUGUUUGAGCGCUACAUCUCUUUUUCUUCUGUAUUAAGUUCAGACUUCUGAGUUCUGUUGCCUUUCUGACCUCUUUGCACCUCGGCGUCAGAGGUUGCUAACUAAUUUGUGCAACGAGAUGAUUUGCAGGCAAAGAAUGCUUCACUAAAUGCUGAGGUUGAAUAUCUUACUUCUGGCUGAGUACAUGCAGCCAAGCUGUCCUUCGCAUGUUCUAGAUAAAAAAUUCAAAGUGAUCUGUUUGGCUCGCUGCAUCUCAGGCCUGCAUCAUCUGAUGAAUAAAAGCUGACAUUUGUACUUCAGACAAAUAGAGACUGCAAAGUGUUGAACACCAGAAAUUCAUGAUUUUUAUUUUAUCAUGUCAUUGCACUGUGACGUGAAGGCAUUUGGUGCUACUCUUGCAAUAACAUGCUUCCUGAUGAAAGUUGGUCCAACAUCUAGAAAAUUCACAACAAAAAAGGGUGUCAGAUACCCAAGGUUUAUUGCAAGCAAGAAUGCCUUGGAGCAAGGGUAGUACCCAGUGUGCCUGUUCAAGAGUACCCAGAAGUUGUUUUGCGGUGAUGGAGCUGAUCUACUUACUUCAAGGUCAAAUUAUCAUUCCUCUACAUUCCCCCAUGGGGACAAGUGAUCCAUGUUGAACCGAUUUAUAAGGGGCAAAUUCACUCUCAAGGAACUAAAAUUGAGCCUAAUUUUCAUGUUGCUGCAAUGAUUUAUGUAUGUUGAUUUGCAUGUCUUUUUAGUUCUAUAGGUGUGUGGGGAUAGACACAGCAACAGCUGUUGCAUUCCAAAAAUUUCGGGCUGACUAAUCGGGAUGACAACAUGAAUGUUAAUUAGUUCAAGAAAUUGAUUAGACGUCAAGAUCACUGGUUCUUGAGAGGUGUCAUGUCAGCUGCAGAGUAACUGUUUGUUGAACUACAACUCUACGAGGACAUUUGCUGUAGGUGAGCAACCCUGUACUGCAUUUGACUCGGAAAAUCCUAGUUUGAUUAUCUACUAGAAAAUCCUGGUUUGAUUAUCUACUAGAUUUUCUGUGUAAUAUCUAGUACCGCAUAAAUAGAUAAUAUGGAGUUUUGACGGUGCUCCAUGC